AAAACGGAAAAUAGCUGAGAGUGCUGUGAGGCUCAGAGGCAGGAACCAUGUCUGUUGUGCUCCUGGUUGUCGGUGUCGUUAUAGGAGUUGCCUACAUUUACCGUCACAUUGUGGUGAAGGGCAAGAGAUGCACGAGCAAAGCAAAGCUACAUGGGAAAACUGUGAUUGUCACUGGCAGCAACACUGGCAUAGGGAAGACGACGGCCAUAGACCUGGCUAGGAGAGGAGCCCGAGUGAUUCUGGCCUGCCGCUGUAAGCAGAGAGGAGAAGCUGCUAUGGAGGAGAUCAGAAGGGAGAGUGGAAGUAGCCAAGUGGUGUUCAUGCAGCUGGAUCUGGGAAGUCUCAAGUCUAUUCGCAGUUUUGCCGAGUCUUUUCUGAAGUCUGAACCUAGAUUGGACAUUCUAAUCAAUAACGCAGGUAUUUGCCUGCAGGGUCAGACAGAAGAUGGAUUUGGAUUAAUGUUUGGUGUCAACCAUCUGGGUCAUUUCUUGCUGACCAACCUGUUGUUGGACCGGCUGAAGGAGUGCGCACCCAGCAGGAUAAUCAAUGUGUCGUCCAUGGCGCACAACUUUGGAAAAAUAGAUUUCGACUGCCUGAACAGUCACAAAGCUCUGGGCUUGGGGACAUCCUUCAUACGUCUUCUCCAGAUCUACUGCGACAGCAAGCUGUGCAACGCUCUCUUCAACCAUGAGCUAGCCAAGAGGCUGCGAGGAACUCGGGUCACCUGCUACACUCUCCACCCAGGAGCCAUCAGCUCAGAGCUUGGUAGGAACACUGGCUUGUUCCUACAAAUCGUCCUCAAACCCAUCACCACCUUCUUCUUCAAGAACACCAUCCAGGGAUGCCAGACCACCCUCCACUGUGCCCUGCAGGAGGGCAUCGAGCCCCUCAGUGGACGCUACUUCUCCAACUGCACCGUUAGAGAUCUGUUUGCUAAAGCCAGGGAUGAUGCUGCUGCAAAGAAGCUGUGGGAGAUCAGUGAGAGACUGUGUGGUCUUGUCUAAGGCAGAAGGAGAAGCCUCCGUUUAAACCGCAACAAGGACUUGUGUUUUCUGCUAUCUGGUAGUAGGUGUAACUUGAUGGCCUCGCUUGAUUUAACUGACUGAAAACUGUGGCUAAAACUAAUCAAGUGAUGGAAGCUGAAAUGAUGGCAAGUAUUACGAUGCAUGACCAAAUGUAUAGUAAUGGAAGUCUGAAGAGUCUUUCUGAGCCACCUGAAUGCAGAUGUGUUUCAGAUGUGAACCCGUUGAUUAAACUUUCUUCUUCUGUAA